UCCAAUAAACCGGACUCCACCCCCUUCAAUGCCUCCUCUUCGCCCGAAACUUUACUCUCGAUUCACCCUCUGAUCUGAUCUGAUCUUCACUUUUUGAUUCUGAAUUCAACCAAUCAAAUCAAUAUUUGCAUCCAGAUUCGAGAUUUUGCGUUACAAUUUCAAAACCACAACACUACAAUUACUCCAAUUAGGGCUAGGUUAACUUUUCAAAACCCUAAUUCGCUACGUUUUUCCGUAUCAAAUUCAUAGACGUUUUUGAUAAUAAUCGGAAGGUGUAGUGACGUAAGCUGAUCGAUACACGAUUCAAAUCUAUUACUAUACGUAUUAUUAACCGGAUUAAAGUUAAUGGGAAACGAUUUAUUGGUAUUGGAUGUAGAGGAGGGUGAAAUAUCGGAUUCUGCUCCGGUUGAGGAGAUUAGUGCAGACGAUUUUGCUGCUAAGAAUCCGGUUAGGGAUGUUAGUAAGGCAUCUGCUGCUGAUGAAUUGAACAGGCAACAACAAGUUUGGACGAUGCAGGAUCUGGUGAAGUACCAGAAGGAGUAUAAGAUGUCUAGGAACUAUGCGCCCGGGUUGUAUAACUUUGCGUGGGCACAGGCGGUUCAGAAUAAACCGCUUGAUGAUUAUUUAACGAAUGUGAAUGCGGAUAAGAAGUUGGAUGGUAAGAUUGUAGUGGAUUUAAGUGGUGAUGAUAGUGAGAAGGAGGAAGGGGAGUUGGAGGAAGGUGAGAUCGAUUUGGCUACGGAGGUUGUUGGUGAAGGAGAGGAGGGGAAUGUUGAGAAGUGGAUUGAUGUGAUUCGGAUCGGGUUGGAGGGUAUUACUUUGAAUGAUGCAAAUAAGUCAUUUAAUGGAGCGUGUUCUAGACUCGAGGAUAUGUUGGACAGUUUGUCAACUUUGCUUUCGGAAAAUUCUGUCUCGAACAAAGAUGAUUUGGUUCAGUUGGCGUUUUCCGCCAUUCAACUAGUUAAUUCAGUAUUUUGUUCCAUGAGUGAAAAUCAAAAGGAACUUAGUAGGCACAUAAUAUCAAGAAUGCUGACUAAUGUGAAAAGCCAUGCGUCUGUUAUGUUCUCCCCCGAAUUGUUGAAGGAGAUAGAGAACAUGUUUCUGUCAUGCAACUCUAAUGAUGCUUGUUUAAGUACCAAGGCCGAUAAUAAUGAAGGAGAUGCACCGAAUCAUGAUAAUCAUGAACCGGCUUCUAUACAUGAGGAAUCUGUUUUAGAUGGAAUGCACAUUGGUUCUUCAGAUCAAAACUCUAGACAAUCCGAAUCUAUGAAAAUACAAACAUCUAAUUCCAAGAACAGAGUAUUGCUUCCGCUUCUUGAUCUUCAUAAGGAUCACGAUGUUGACACUCUUCCAUCACCAACACGGGAAACCACAAAUAUUUUACCUUUAGGUAAAGCACUCUUUGUUGGAGACGCAGAAAUAAGACCUGAAUGGCCCACACCUACUUCACGUGCGGUACUGCAUCAUUACGAAACCGAUGCUUUAAAAGCUGUUUCUACCUAUCAACAGAAAUUCAGUCGAAGUUCGUUUUUUUCAAAUGAUCUUCCGAGCCCAACUCCUUCUGAAGAAAGUGAUGACGCAAGCGGUGAUUGUGGCGGAGAGGUUUCUAGUUUUUCAAAUGUUCAGAAUUCAAGUUCUGUAGUUUCUGUUGUUAGUAUUCCGGAAAUACGUAAUGUUCAGUUACAAGCAAAUGCGAGUUACGUUGCUCCUGUGUAUUCCACAUCUAGUUCCGUAACUAGGGUUUCAAACAAAACAAGGGACCCCAGACUCCGGUUAGCCAAUCCCGGAAGCUCUUCGGAAGUCAACCAAGUCAAAGUACCAUUGUCCCGUAAACAACCUAUAAUCGAGCCACUUAAUGGAUUACAAGGUUCAAGAAAGCAGAAGACUUUUGACGAGCCUGUUCUGGUAGACGGGCCCACACCAAAAAGGCCAAAAAUUGAAUUUUUAGAGUCUGGUAAUCCUAGGAGUGGUACGGCUGUCUCACAAGCUAGAAGCUUAGAAAAUGUUAUACCAACAUCUGCUUUACCCAGUACGAGUAGUGGGAGUGUGCAUAUUCCUGUUACAGGCGUUAAUUCCACCUCAGCAUCCUUGCAAUCUAUUCUAAAAGAUAUUGCGGUAAAUCCUAUACAGUGGAUGAAUUUAAUCAGUACCGAACAACAGAGGUCAGUUGAUCGUGGAAACCGUGUGACACAAACAAGCCAAAGUUUUCUUUUGGGCUCUACGACAAUGGGUACAGGUGCCUCUCAGUCAUUGAUGGUCGGGAAAAAGUCAACAGAUGAGAUGCAAAGACCGCAUACACCUUCAACGGAUGACCAGAAAUUAAGAAUGAAACCUCGUGAUCCUCGCCGUGCCUUGCACGGUAAGUUAUUACAAAAACAAGAACCAAUCACCAAUCCAUCAAUUGUUGCGGGUGAUAAGGGAAUUUCAAAGCAUGCAGAUCCGAGAGUAUCAUCUCAACCUAUAUCAGCACCUGAUAUCACCCGACAAUUCACUAAAAAUUUGAAGAACACAGCUGAUGUUGUAUCAACAACCACAAGCGCAUCUAUUCAAAUACCUUCAUCGCAAACAUCACCAGUCUAUUCAAGUUUCGUAAAUAUAAAAGGACCGUCUUCACAUCCGGGCCACCUUCAGAACGGGACUAGGCCCACGUCUGGAGAAGUUUCUCCGGGCCUUGGCCCAGCCCAAUCACAUAAUGUGUGGGGAGACGUUGAACAAAUAUACGGAAGGUUUGAUGACCAACAACGGGCUGCUAUUCAGAAGGAAAGAUCUAAAAGAAUGGAAGAACAGAAAAAGAUGUUCGCUGACCGUAAACUAUGCCUCGUCUUAGAUCUUGAUCACACCCUUUUAAAUUCCGCCAAGUUUUCCGAAAUCGAACCAGUGCACGAUGAGAUGUUAAAAAAGAAAGAAGAACAAGACCGGGACAAGCCACAUAGGCAUCUUUUUAGAUUUCCACACAUGGGUUUGUGGACCAAACUUCGGCCCGGGGUUUGGAACUUUCUAGAGAAGGCCAGUAAGCUUUAUGAGCUUCAUCUUUACACAAUGGGAAACAAAGUAUACGCUACAGAAAUGGCCAAAGUGCUUGAUCCAAAAGGAGUUUUAUUUAACGGGCGAGUUAUUUCAAGGGGUGAUCAUGGUGAUAACGUUGACGGUGAUCCCAAAAGCAAGGAUUUGGAAGGGGUUUUGGGUAUGGAGUCUUCGGUUGUAAUUAUAGACGAUUCUAUAAGAGUCUGGCCUCAUAACAAACUCAACUUGAUAGUUGUAGAAAGAUAUAUAUAUUUUCCAUGUAGUAGGCGGCAAUUUGGACUUCCGGGUCCUUCACUUCUCGAGAUUGAUCAUGACGAGAGACCAGAAGACGGGUCUCUGGCGUCUGCUUUGGCGGUUAUUGAGAAAAUACAUCAACUGUUUUUCUCGGAAAAAUCUUUAGAUGAAGCCGAUGCUAGAAACAUACUAGCAUCAGAGCAGAGAAAGAUUUUAGGUGGGUGUCGAAUAUUAUUCAGUAGGGUGUUUCCGGUCGGUGAAGCUAGUCCUCACUUACACCCAUUAUGGCAGACGGCUGAGCAAUUCGGUGCCGUUUGCACCAAUCAAAUCGAUGAACAGGUUACCCACGUGGUUGCUAAUUCUCUUGGCACUGAUAAGGUUAAUUGGGCACUUGCGACAGGUAGACCCGUAGUGCAUCCUGGCUGGGUGGAGGCGUCAGCAUUGCUUUACCGGAGAGCCAAUGAACACGAUUUUGCUGUCAAACCUUGAUAACUACUUAUAAGCCCCAAAAGUAAAAGAAGAAAAGGUGAAAUAAUCACUUAAUAUUAUUAGGCCAUCACAAACACCAUACGAAAGUUACGGUUACUACACCCGCCCGCCCUGCUGAGAAAAUAUAACCGUCCUCAUCCAUUGUUUCGAGUUAAAAAGAUGGCCUGAUUAGGAGGAGGGGCCAGUUAAAAUAUAUAAACUACCAAAGUUAAAAUGCACGAAUAAGAGUUGCAUGCUUCAUAUGUCAAAUUCAAAGAGUAAUUAUACUUGUUAAAAUGGUUUCUUUCUGGUUAAGUAAUAUAAAAAAACAAGAAACAUACAGAGCAAAGCCUUGUUUUCAACAA